AUGCCUAAGCUUUUCAUCACCGGCAUAACCGGCUAUAUCGGCGGCGACACCUUCCACGUCCUCUCGCAGUCGCACCCAGACUUCGAAUUCUCCGCACUCAUCCGCACAGAGGAGAAGGCCAAAUACGUCCGCGAAUUAUACCCCAAUGUCCGCGUCGUCAUUGGGGAGCUGGACGACGCCGAUAAAAUCGAGAAGGAGGCUGCUUGGGCGGAUAUCGUGCUUCACACCGCCGACUCAUCUGACCAUGUCGGCGCCGCAAAUGCUAUCGCCAAGGGUCUUGUCUCGAGUCACUCGAAAGUACGUCCGGGAUACUGGAUCCACACUGGCGGGACCGGCAUCUUGACGUACUUUGACAGUGAGGUGCGCAAGGUACAUGGCGAGCACGAUGACAAGGUGUUUAAUGACUACGUCGGUGUCUCGGAACUAACCAAUCUCCCGGCUGAUGCAUUCCACCGCAAUGUCGACAAAAUAGUGCUCAAGACGGGCGUUGAGCAUGCCGACAGUGUGAAAACAGUCAUUGUCUGCCCGCCGACAAUCUACGGGCGCGGACGGGGGCCCGUUGCGCUCCGCGGACGCCAGGUGUAUGAGCUUGCGAAGUUCGUGCUGGAGGAGAAGUAUAUCCCCGUCAUCGGCAGGGGAUUAGCGCGAUGGAACAACGUCCACGUGUAUGAUCUAAGCCAGUUGUUUGAUUCUCUGGUGAAAGCGGCGCUUGAUCCCAAGAGGAAAGACGACAAGGAGAUCUGGGGCGAGAAGGGGUAUCUCCUUGCUGAGAAUGGCGAGCACGUGUGGAGUGACCUGGCCAAGCUGGUCGGUGAGCAGGCGCAUAAGCUUGGGUACUUGAAGGAGAAGCCCGAAGUCAAGCAGCUGUCGCUGGAGGAGGCGAUGAACUCGCCGGCUGGCUUUGAGGCUGCGAGCUGGGCGUGGAAUUCUAGGGGUCAGGCACAGAGGGGACGCGAGGUGCUGGGCUGGACGCCGAAGAAGAGGAGUAUUGAGGAGGAGGUGCCGGACAUUAUUUCUGCGGAAGCUCAGCGGUUGGGCUUGUAG